UUUUAUCCUCUCUGAAAAAAUCAAAACUUUCAGAGAAGAAAUCGUCGCAACCAAAAAAUGGCGAGCCUUGUAUUCAAUACGCCGUGGCUCAGGGUUAGGUCUUCACCGGAGCUUGCUCCUGCUUUCCUCAGACGCCGUCAUUCUUCUUUAUUAUACAGUUCUCGUCGAAGCUUCGCGGUGGUUGCUUGUUCUUCUUCACCCGGCAAUAAUGGUGGACCUGUCAGAGUUCGUUUCGCGCCUUCUCCCACUGGUAAUCUCCAUGUAGGUGGAGCAAGGACUGCUCUUUUCAACUACUUGUUCGCCAGGUCUAAAGGAGGGAAAUUUGUGCUGAGAAUUGAAGAUACGGAUUUGGAGAGAUCAACUCGUGAAUCUGAAGCUGCUGUUCUUCAGGAUCUUUCAUGGUUAGGUCUUGAUUGGGAUGAAGGUCCUGGGGUUGCUGGAGACUUUGGUCCGUAUCGACAGUCUGAAAGAAAUGCUCUUUACAAACAAUAUGCAGAGAAGCUUUUAGAAUCUGGUCAUGUCUAUCGCUGCUUUUGCUCCAGUGAGGAACUUGUAAAGAUGAAGGAGAUUGCAAAGUUAAAACAAUUGCCUCCAGUUUACACUGGGAAAUGGGCAACCGCUACUGAUGCUGAGAUAGAGCAAGAGUUGGAAAAGGGCACCCCUUUUACUUACCGGUUUCGUGUGCCAAAGCAAGGGUCUUUGAAAAUUAAUGACUUGAUUCGUGGCGAGGUAUGUUGGAACUUGGAUACUCUUGGAGAUUUUGUGGUGAUGAGGAGUAAUGGCCAACCUGUUUACAACUUUUGUGUUACGGUAGAUGAUGCUACCAUGGCUAUUUCACAUGUUAUAAGGGCUGAAGAGCAUUUGCCUAAUACUUUGAGGCAGGCUCUAAUUUACAAGGCUCUAGAGUUCCCGAUGCCUCAGUUCGCCCAUGUUUCUUUAAUUCUAGCCCCGGAUAGAAGUAAACUGUCAAAGCGACAUGGGGCAACAUCUGUAGGCCAGUACAGAGAGAUGGGAUAUCUGCCUCAGGGAAUGGUUAAUUAUUUGGCACUCUUAGGAUGGGGAGACGGCACUGAAAAUGAAUUUUUCACACUCGAGGAUCUUGUUGAAAAAUUCUCGAUUGAACGUGUCAACAAAAGUGGUGCAAUUUUCGAUUCUACGAAGUUAAGAUGGAUGAAUGGUCAACAUCUGAGGGCACUUCCAAAUGAAAAACUAACAAAACUUGUGGGUGAGCGAUGGAAGAGUGCUGGUAUCUUAUCAGAAUCCGAGGGGAGUUUUGUAGAUGAAGCUGUCGAGCUUCUCAAGGAUGGGAUUGAGUUGGUGACAGAUUCAGACAAAGUACUGUUGAAUUUGCUUUCAUAUCCUUUACAUGCUACAUUGGCUAGCCCUGAAGCUAAGCCUGCCGUGGAAGACAAGCUUCAUGAAGUAGCAGCCAGCCUCAUAGCUGCUUAUGACAGCGGUGAGAUUCCAAGCGCUUUAGCAGAAGGACAAGGUGCUUGGCAGAAAUGGGUGAAAGCCUUUGGCAAAUCAUUGAAACGCAAAGGUAAAUCACUUUUCAUGCCACUACGAGUGUUGUUAACGGGAAAACUCCAUGGACCUGAGAUGGCCACUAGUAUUGUUCUGAUUCACAAAGCUGGAAGUCCCGGUAUAGUGGUUCCUCAGGCUGGGUUUGUAUCCAUGGAGGAACGGUUUAAGAUUCUUAGGGAGGUAGACUGGGAAGCUUUGAACAAAGGUGAAAGUGUGCCUAUUGAAUCUACAGCCACAACAGUAUCAACCUGAGAAAACUUUCCUUCAUUUUUCUUCAAUUUUUCGGUUAGUUGGUGAGAAAGACAGCCCAGAGAUUUUGAUUCCUCGUGCCUUGUUUCCCGAAACAAAUAAUGGCACAACGAAAUUUGUAGAUUAUAAUGUAUCAUCAGCAAAGCAAACUUAGGAACAAACCAGAGAGCUUGUAACAUUAUCCAGGCCAGUUUUAAUUUGCUUUCAGUGCUCUGUUUUCUUGACA